AUGGCCUCCCAGGACAAGGAGCAAGCAGGAAAGGAUCAAAUAAGCGAUGAGCGUGAGGAGAGAAAUCCCUUUACAGAAACAGGGAAGGAAGAUGUAACUGCUGGGCAUGGGGAAACAGAACCUUUUGCUGAAACACAUGAACACAAGGGGGUUGAUACCAAGAAGCCAGAAGAUAUUGCAGCUGGCAUUAGCAAGGGUCUUGCUGCAAAAAGAAGAAGGAUUGAAAUGGAUACAGAGGCUCGCAGCAAAGCAAAGAAGAAGAAAAGUAAACGUGCUUUGAGGAAAAAACAACGUAAAAAGCAGAAACGUGAUUAUAAACAUUCUCUGAAGUUGCUGAAUGUCCUUGAUAAAUGCAUCACAGAUGAGCAGAAAAACGAAGAAGAAGAGAGAGAAGAAGAACUAAUUAAAAUAUUUCAAGAACAACAGAAGAGGUGGUACCGAUAUAGAAGUCUUAGGAGAGAGAGGCUGAGAGAGAUGAAGCUGCUACGUGAGCAAUUCGUAAAGGUUAUCAAGAAGUUUGAAGACUAUUAUCGUGGAGUUUUUUAUGAUGAAGCCAAUGAAUUUGAUAACUAG